UCUCUCUCUCUCCGCCCCCAUAUUUCGUUUCAAUUUUCUCUCUCCUCCCCUUCCUCCAUUGGUCUUCAUUCUCUGUGGGCGUUAGACCCUUUUCCUGGUUCAGAGAUUGACGGGCGGUUUGGUGAUUGAGCAGUAGAUUUUAAGUUGGAACAAUGUUCUGCUGCUUUGUAUAAAUGCAGUGUGGCUUUGCAGAUGAGAUUUCACAGAGCCUCUGCUUCAUGGACUGCUCAACCAGCUGCUGUGACAAGAAGACAUUGAAAAGGUGGUUUUUCAUUGAUAAACGGGUUGGAUAAACGAUUUUAAUUUGUUAGAAAGUUUGUUAGAAAGGUUUGGAAGCGAUGGACAUGAAUUCAACGAAAGCGUCUCCUGUUCUUACUGAUCCUGCGCCGCUAAACAAGUCUCGACUAGGGAUUCAUUCUCCCAUAUUGCCUUACUCUCAAUCCGGUUCAUCGUUCUCGGCUACCAUGCUAACAAUCCCGAGGAAGAAACCGGGGAAACUCGAUGACGUUCGCUCCAAUGGUUGGCUCGACGCGAUGAAGUCUUCUUCGCCUCCUCGCAAGAAGAUCUUGAAGGACUUUGGUGUUGAGAUUGUUACUGAUGAUGCUGAUGUUGACUAUUUUUCUUGGAUGGUUAAGUACCCAUCUGCACUUAGUUCAUGCCAGCGUAUUCUCAACCAAGCAACGAACAAGAGGAUCGUGAUGUUUUUAGACUACGACGGGACUCUUUCUCCAAUUGUAGAUGACCCUGAUCGUGCUUUUAUGUCGGAUGAGAUGCGUGCUGCUGUCAAGAAUCUCGCGAACUAUUUCCCAACAGCAAUCAUUAGUGGGAGAAGCCGUGAUAAGGUUUAUGAGUUGGUAGGAUUAGCCGAAUUGUAUUAUGCUGGUAGCCAUGGAAUGGACAUUAUGUUUCCUGCCAAAGACGAAAUGCUCUCUACACACUCGAAUUGCAUCAAAUCCACCGACCAAAAUGGCAAGGAAGUAAAUUUGUUCCAGCCAGCUCGUGAAUUCAUACCGAUGAUCAAUGAGGUUUUUAAAACCCUCACUGAGAACACGAAAGACAUAAAAGGCGCUAUGGUUGAGAAUCAUAAGUUCUGCGCGUCUGUUCACUACCGCAACGUAGAUGAGAACAUUUGGCCUACGGUUGCACAACGUGUCCACGACAUCUUGAAAGAAUACCCUCGACUUCGCCUAACUCAUGGACGGAAGGUUUUAGAGAUCCGUCCGGCAAUUGAUUGGGACAAAGGAAAAGCUGUGAAUUUUCUGCUUGAAUCACUUGGCCUCGGGAACAAUCAAGACGUGCUUCCUAUCUAUAUUGGAGACGACAGAACAGAUGAAGAUGCGUUUAAGGUAUUGCGUGAGGGAAACCGAGGCUAUGGAAUCCUGGUUUCUCCUGUUCCAAAGGAAAGCAAGGCCUUCUUUUCGCUCAAGGAUCCCUCACAGGUGAAAGAAUUUCUGGAGUCUGUUGUGAGAAUGAAGGAAGGAAAAAGAGCAUCAAAAGCAUGAAGAGGAGCACAGAUGCCAUUUGGUUGUUGACAAUAUUUCUUCUGCAUAUUAGGAUAGGUUUCAAGGAUUUGUUUAUCAUUGUCAUAGGCCCAUAAUGUGGCCUAUUUGAUGAAUUUAUGUUAGUCUUUGUUGAUCAUUGUUUUAAUCCGCAAACAUAAUUUGUUAUGAAUUCUGUAAAGUUCAAAUUCUUUGUGUUCAUUUCCAUCUUUGGUGUACCAGUUUGGGUCAAA